AUGUCCCUGCCGACCACAUCGACCAUGCGUCUGGCCCGCGCUGCCCUUCGCGCCCCCUCCUCUGCAGCAAGCUCGGCAACAACGGCGAUCGCCGGAUCCUCUCGAUGCUUCUCUGCGUGCACCGUCGCGGCAAAGGAGGCGCGGAGGGGGAGAGAGGGCGCAGACGACCCCAUGGAGCUCGACAAGACGCCAAAGUUCAACUACGACGACGUGCCCACCCUCGGACACCAGAUCCUCCAGCGACGAAGGCAGAUGCUCAAGUACCUCCGCACCAUUGAAUUCGAAAUGCCCAAGCUCGAAGCCCUUCGACAGCCGUAUAAGCCACCAACGCCCUCGCAGCUCCUCCGCUUCCGCUUCCAGCACUACCAGGGCGAGGCGCACCCGGCAUCGCGCAAGGUCGUGCUGUACGUCUCGGUCCAGGCCCUCUUCGCCUCGGGACACCUCAAGACCGAGGCGGCCAAGCACAAGUUCCUCGUCCUCGCCGGCCAGCGCCUCCACCGCUCCCGCCCCGUCUCCCUGGCCGGGCCGGACGGCACCGAGCGGCUCGAGGACAUCGAGGGCGAGAUUGUCAUCAGCUGCGAGCGGAUGCCCAACGAGAGGCAGAACAUGAAGUGGUGCAGCGACACGUUUGACAAGCUCCUCGCAGAGGCAAACGCGCCGCAACCGGACCUCUCGUCGAUCCCCAUUGACCCCAGACCGGACCUGGUGCGCGAGGCAAAGAAGCGCACCUACGCCCGCAAGGACAAGCCCAAGCUGCGCGACUUUCCGCAGCACUGGCUCGGCGGCGGCAGCGGCGCCGCCGGUGCCGCCAAGCCGUCGUCGUCGCAGUCGUAG